CUCCAGACACACAACCCCUAUAAAAGGUCGUGGUUCAACUCUGCUGGCCUCAGUUUAGCUGCAGAAGCGACGCUGAUCUUCAGAGACGUCCAGUGGAAUCAUGAAGCCCCAUCAGAUCUCUGCCUUCUUCCUCCUGAUGACAGUGCUGCUGUCCUCCACUCUGGCUCACAAUGGCAGUGGACUAGAUCAGUGCUGUUUUACAUACUUUCCUGGAAGACUGAGGAUGGACCUGAUAGUUGGAUAUGUAGAGACGAGUAUGAAAUGCCCUGAACCUGGAAUUAUACUUUACACCAAAAAGGGCAAUGAAGUGUGUGUCGAUCCCAGAGCUCACUGGGUUCAGGGGGUGAAGAAAAGGCUGGAUCAGACCUUCUUUCAGUAAUGCCUCCUUCCUGACUGGAAAAAUAUGAAGAACAAUUUUAUGAAAUUACAUUUCAGCCACUUUUUUAUUCUCCUAGAAUAUUAUUUCCUGUCAUCUUUUGCUGCAUAAUAUACAUCAGUAUCUUUAAUUUAUUGUUUUUUUAAAACAGUAGUUAAAUUCUUCUGUAACGUUAUUUCCUAUCUUCCAAAUCAUAUACAUUUUAACUGCAUAUUAUAGUUUAAUAUCUAAAGUUUUCCAGUAGUUAAAUUUGAGUUGCACAUAUACUGCUUUGCAAGCAUGUUACUAAAUAAAGACUAUUGAAAGGUUA